GCGUGGCGACGAAUGUAAUCCAAUCAACGUCGCACGGACACAAGCACACACACACACACACACACAGGAAGAGGAGUCACUCACAAACUGUCGAAAUACUCAAAAAAUACAAGCAGCCGGCAACACAAUGUUGUCAUGAAUGGACGCACUCUACAACCACUGCGACGGACAAAUCUAAUACCUCCCUCCCUUCCUCCCUAUCGAUCCAUUGGCCAUCCACCGUCUGGCUAUCCGACAAUGGUGGCCAGCGUGCAUGUGACCGCAUCGACCACCCGGCCAUGGUCGAACUCACCGAGGCUGCCGCGACGCACACGCUUGCACUGGCCAGGAGGCUGUUGCUGCUGGUGGUGGUUGUGGCUAUGGUGGUUGUUCAGCCAGUCCACCAUCAGCUGGGCAAACGGUGCAGGCAGGAAGUCGGGAUAUGUCAGCUGCACAACACAGUGACACACGUGUGGUGGGCGAAGGGCGCUCUCUCCCUCUCUCUCUCUCUGUGUGUGUGUGUGCGGUGAAUUGGUUGAUUUACCCGGUGCGCCCCGCUGGUCUGCUGUUUGUGCCACUCGAGCAGCCGCCGACACAACACUAGGUCGCCACGCAGCUGCAGGUGGGGAGGGACAUAACGAGGGCAACACACACACAUCGGCCUCUGAAUGUGUCUCUGAGGGUGUGGUCACCUGGCUGACAACGUGUCCGUCGGGCUGGAUGUCCUCCGAGGUGACCACCACUCCCCCAGUAUACUCCUCCCAGAACCGCUGCAGCCCGCGGAACUCCUCACCCUCCUUGAGCUUUCCCAGCAGCUUCGCAGCCCUGCAGCCGAAAGAGAUGCAACAAGAGCGAUUUGCUGGUUAUCUUUGCUACCGGUGGAUGUGUUGGUGUCGGCUGGGGUCAGGUUUGGCCGCCUUCCACACGCCGCCACUCUCCUCAAAGCCCACACACUGACACACACGAGGAACCAUGUGUGUUGUGUCUGUGUUAUCUGCUGCUCGAUCAGCUCACCAUGAGCAUGGCCAUGCACGCCGAGUGAGGGGCGAUGUGCGUCUGGAAGGCCGUCGUGUCGGCCCGAAGAGAACUACACCUCUCGUAGUCUGAACGAGCGACCGCACAGCCCACCACAGCUGCACAUGUGAUCAAGAGUGAGCACAGCAACCUACCUGUGAGCAGGUUGCUGACGAUGGUGUGGAGGAUGGCGAUGGUCUUGGCUCUCUGCCCCUCAUCGAUGUCACGCAGACCCCUCACACACGCCUCAAUGGUCGUCGCCACAAUGCCGUCAUUGGCCGGUGCGUCCUGACGAGUGGUUGUCUCUGUGGAGGGGGAGGGGGAGGGUGAAGGAACGCCGCAGUGGCUGUCUGCCUCAUCGUCGUCAUCAUCGGACGUGAGGUCGAUGGUGUGGAUGUGGUGAGGCGGACGGCGACGCACCAGGCUGUCUUGUGCUCUCUGCUCGGCAGCUGAUGCGGCCAAGUCGCCCCGCCCCAACACUGCAAUACAACGGAGGAAGGCGCCAUGAUUCGGGCGGCCAUCCACCCACCACUCACCCUUCAUGAGCGAGGUAUCCCCAGCCGCACGAUGGCCGCCACGAGGCAUCAACGUCCGAAUGCGAUGGCGCUCCUUAGCCUCCUGCCACCCAUACACACACACACACACACAGAGGAACAAAAGCUGCCCCCACGUUACCCAUCGCCCUCUCACCCACGCCUCGCACACACCUUGAGGGCCUUGGCCUGUACCACAAUGUUGUGAGAGUUGUGCAAACCGCCGAGGUGACGACCUGACCGACACACGGACAGACACAGACGUACAGCCACGAUCACCAUGGUGCCUGCCUGAAUGGGAAGGGGGGUGUGUGUGGUCAUUCGACUCACCCCGCACGUCGAACCCCUCGCCGGUCCGUGUGAUGCCCCUGGCUAUGAGUUCCUCACACUCACUGGCGGCGACAUACAUGGGCAACAGACUGACGCAGCAAACACCCUGCUGGGCUCUGGUCAGUUUGUGUCAAUCACCUGCUCAGCUCCUGCUGCACCGCAUAGAAGGCCUUGCUGUGGUCCAUGUACCGAAUGUGCGCCAGCUCGUGCAGCAGCGUCCUCAGCACCGAUCGGUAGGGCCGGGUGAUGCCGCUCGUGGCGCUGUGACGAAGACGGAUCUGUGUGAGAGGGAGAGAGAGAACAGAGGCCACAAGAAAGAUGUGCCGUUUGUUAUCUUUCAUUGAACGGCUUACCCAGAUGGUCGCUCCAUAGUUGUAGUUGUAUCCCCAGGCCCCUGAUAUCGACUCGCGAAGCAGCGGCACCCUCCAGCCGCGCUUUAUCAUCAGCGGCUGCACACACAAGUGCACACCACACCACGACAUCAACAGAGGAAGGCUUCACAGGACGCCUGCCGUCCACCUGAUUGAUCUGUGUGAGUAUCUGCGCACCUGCACCUGAUCUGCCGCCCUCUGCAGCAGCUCUCUGGCCUUCUGAUGAUCUGGCAGGUGGUGGAGCACCACGAUCUCGAUGCACCGGAGGCUGUGCUUGUCAUGAAGGCUUCGGGACUCGCCGCGAGGCAUCGCUUCGAACGAAGAGGAAAUAGACCGCUGCUAUCUCGCGGGAUCCA